GAUUUCAACCCCACCUCCCCCUCAGGCCCCAAGUUGUAAGACUACUUGCAUUGGGUUGAAUGGGGUUGAAAAUGGCUUCUGCUACUAAGUAUUCUAUGGUGAUGCAGAUUCUGAGCUUAAUCCUUUGUUUACUUACCUUGUCUUGCUCAGCCUUCACUUCUAAAGACUAUGCUGAUGCCCUUGCAAAGUCCAUUCUGUUUUAUGAGGGACAGCGGUCGGGGAAGUUGCCAUCGAGCCAGCGCCUCACAUGGAGAGGCGAUUCUGGGUUGUCGGAUGGAUCAUCUUAUCAUGUGGACCUGGUUGGAGGAUACUAUGAUGCUGGAGAUAAUGUGAAGUUUGGCCUGCCGAUGGCUUUCACCACUACACUGUUGGCAUGGAGUGUUAUUGAGUUUGGAAACUCAAUGCCGAGCCAGAUUGGGAAUGCCAGAGCUGCCAUUCGGUGGAGCACGGAUUAUCUUCUGAAAGCAGCCACAGCCACUCCUGGCACGUUAUAUGUCCAAGUGGGAGAUCCAAACAUGGACCAUAAGUGCUGGGAGAGGCCUGAAGACAUGGACACACCGCGCAAUGUCUACAAGGUGUCUAAACAAAACCCAGGAUCAGACGUAGCAGCUGAGACAGCAGCGGCAUUGGCUGCAGCUUCAAUUGUUUUUAAGGACUCUGACCCUUCUUACUCCACAAAGCUGCUGCAAACCGCCAUGAAAGUGUUUGAUUUCGCAGAUAGCUACAGAGGGUCUUACAGCGACUCUCUCAGCUCGGUGGUCUGCCCAUUCUACUGCUCCUACUCUGGAUAUCAUGAUGAGCUUCUCUGGGGGGCAUCAUGGAUUCACAGGGCGUCAAAUAACGCCUCAUAUCUGGCUUACAUCCAGUCAAAUGGCCAAACAAUGGGCGCGGACGAUGAUGACUACUCCUUCAGUUGGGACGACAAGCGAGCUGGAACAAAGGUCCUUCUUUCCAAGGACUUCUUGGAGAAAAACACCGAGGAAUUUCAGCUGUAUAAACGACAUUCAGACAACUAUAUAUGCUCUCUGAUUCCAGGAACAUCCAGCUUUCAGGCCCAAUACACUCCAGGUGGGCUUUUCUACAAAGGGAGCGAGAGCAAUCUGCAAUAUGUGACUUCCACAGCUUUCCUCCUCUUAACAUACGCCAAGUAUCUAAGCUCAAAUGGAGGAUCCGCCUCAUGUGGGACUUCAACUGUCACAGCAGAACGGCUCAUCUCACUGGCUAAGAAGCAGGUUGACUACAUUUUAGGUGAUAAUCCAACAAAGAUGUCCUACAUGGUGGGGUUCGGGGACAAGUACCCACAGCAUGUCCACCACAGGGGUUCAUCUAUACCGUCCGUGCGUACACACCCAGAUCACAUCACCUGCAGCAAUGGCUUCCAAUACCUCUACUCUGCAUCACCCAAUCCAAACGUCCUUGUUGGAGCCAUACUGGGUGGUCCCAAUAACAGAGACAGCUUCGCUGACGAUCGGAAUAACUACCAGCAAUCUGAGCCAGCAACAUAUAUCAAUGCACCAUUUGUUGGUGCCCUUGCAUUCUUCUCAGCAAAUUAACUAGAAAACAAAUAAAUCCGUAGUGUCUUUUCUUUGGAGGAUGGCUAGCCGUUCCAUACCCACAAACAAAAAAAAAAAGUGGAUUUGGAUAGAGAUAUGGUUGUGUCUCCCCAUGGAAGGUGUAAAAGACUCGAAAUUAAUGUUAAAGCUUAGUACUUUAAAUUA